AUAUGCGACUAUGACAGUAUGAGUCGUCAUCCUCGUCGUCGUCGUAGCCCCCUCGUGACAACGAUAAAUGCCAACGGUGACUGCGCGGCUAUGCAGUUACUAUCUGCUAACCCACACCUCCCCCACUUCCCUUCUCUUUCACUCAUCUUUCUCUCUCAGACAAAAACACAAACACAUUCAUUUGUCAUCUGUGUGCUCACAGAUUUAUAGAUCUUAGGUCUCAAUAAGCUGAUCACAACCAGGAAUCCAUCGGUUUGUUCCAGUUAGAGGAAUGGGAAAGAAGGGAAGCUGGUUCACGACGGUAAAGAAAGUAUUCAAGUCGUCUCAUAAAGAUUUGGACAUUAAUAAGAAACAGAAUGCGGUGGAGAAAUGUCAACCUGCAGAGACACCAGAUACAGUAUCAUUUGAGAAUUUUCCAGUCGAAACUUCUCCUGAUACUACAAAUGAUGAAAGCCCUCCAUCAGAACAUUCUCCGGUGACCGCCGAAGACAGAAAUCACGCAAUUGCUGUAGCCGUCGCCACCGCUGCAGCAGCGGAAGCUGCAGUUGCAGCUGCCCAAGCAGCAGCCAGAGUCGUCCGAUUGGCAGGUUAUGGCCGUCAGUCCAAGGAAGACAAAGCUGCCAUCCUCAUCCAAUCCUUCUACAGAGGCUACCUAGCCCGACGUGCUUUGAGAGCAUUGAAGGGAUUGGUGAGGCUACAGGCUCUAGUGCGGGGUCACAAUGUGAGGAAGCAAGCCAGGUUGACCAUGAAGUGCAUGCAAGCCUUGGUAAGUGCUCAAGCCAGAGUAAGAGCCCGAAGGGUUCAAUUAGCCCAGGAGAAGGUGCAGAAGAUGAGGGAGAAUAGAGAAGAAGAAGAAGAAGAUCAAGAGCACCAACGACGAAGAUUGAAGAACCAGAGCCCAUAUCGGCCUGCGAACGAUAAGUCUGAGAGGGAAAGCAGGUGGGACGCAAGGAAACAGAGCUUGGAGACCGUGAUGAACAAAGAGAUCUCUCAGCACAAAAAUGAAGCCGCGUUUAGAAGGGAAAGAGCUCUUGCUUAUGCCUUCUAUCAGCAAAAACAGCAUCAGAAUGCUGAUAUGUUCUACUCCGAGGAGACUGAGAAGCCACAAUGGGGAUGGAAUUGGCUAGAGCAUUGGAUGGCAUCACAGUCCUCGCAUGCCCACCACUUGGCAGCACAGGAUGGUAGGUACGACACAUCUGAAAAGACGGUCGAAAUGGAUAUGGCCAUGUCCACCCCUCCUCGCCCAGAUCCAUCAAACUUGGGGCGACAUGAAGGCCAAUUUGACUCAGCCCAGUACCGACCCCGGCAGCAUCAUCACCAGAUGGGCUCAGAUACCAUUCCAAGCUACAUGGCUCCGACCCAAUCUGCGAAAGCCAAGGUCCGCAACCAGGAUCCAGUUAAGAACCGGGUUGCUUCUGGGCCCCAUUGGAAUCCAUCAACUAAGAGGUGGUCUCUUGCAACGUCAGGUUGUGAUUCGUCGAGUUCGGGUGGAGGAACAGUGACUUAUGGGGCUCCAAGGAGUCCAAGUCCGAAAGCUAAUGGAUACCCAACGCAGUUCCGAAGGCAUGGUGCUUAUAGUCCGGAUUCAAGUGGCGGCGAUGACGGUUCUAUGCCUUUUGGCCGUAGGUAUGGAUUGGGAUCAUUGUGAGUCGACCAGUAUAAACCAUUUGAAUCUUUUGGAACUCUUUAUCUUCAUCUUCAUCUUCAUCUUCCAUAGUUAUUCUUGUAUUGUGUUUCAUAUAUCAGUAUAUAUAUAACAGGACUAUUUUUUUGUUUUUUUGGUAA